UCCGCCCACCAGUCUCCCUGCCGGAACUACAUGUCCCAUGAGGCCGUGGGAGCCGCAGCUUUGCACCGGAAAGAGGCUCGCCGCUGUGGGGGAGGAGCCCAAAAAGGAUUGUGGGAGAAAGGCUCUUUCCUUUCCGUCCGGCGGCAGCCAUCAGCUCAAAGGUAGGCCAAGAUGGGUGCUUACAAGUACAUCCAGGAGCUAUGGAGGAAGAAGCAGUCCGAUGUAAUGCGCUUUCUUCUCAGGGUGCGCUGCUGGCAGUACCGCCAGCUCUCUGCGCUCCACAGGGCUCCCCGCCCAACCCGGCCCGAUAAAGCGCGCAGGCUGGGGUACAAGGCCAAGCAAGGUUAUGUCAUAUAUCGGAUUCGUGUGCGUCGUGGUGGUCGCAAACGCCCAGUUCCUAAGGGGGCUACCUACGGCAAGCCUGUCCAUCAUGGUGUUAACCAGCUAAAGUUUGCGCGAAGCCUUCAGUCUGUUGCAGAGGAGCGAGCUGGGCGCCACUGUGGGGCUCUGAGAGUCUUGAAUUCUUACUGGGUUGGCGAAGAUUCCACGUACAAAUUCUUUGAGGUCAUCCUCAUUGAUCCAUUCCAUAAAGCUAUCAGAAGAAAUCCUGACACCCAGUGGAUCACCAAACCAGUCCACAAGCACAGGGAAAUGCGAGGGCUGACAUCUGCAGGCCGCAAGAGUCGUGGCCUUGGAAAGGGUCACAAGUUCCACCACACUAUUGGUGGUUCUCGCCGUGCGGCAUGGAGAAGACGCAAUACUCUCCAGCUCCACCGUUACCGCUAAUAUAAGUAAUGUUUGUAAAAAUUUUACCUAAUAAACAAUUUAGGACAGUCA